AUGACUGGCACGGGGAGGGGCUGGAGUACUGGUUCUCCACAGACUUACCCUGAAAUAAUGAAUGAAGAAAAAAUGGGCUUCGUGUACAACUGCAUCCUCGUCGCAAGACCCGAUAGUACAGUGAUGGUGUCGGAGGAAAGAAGACCAGUCCCUCUGUCUGCUAUUUGGCGAUUUUACUGUUAUGGACUACAUGGCUACUGCACAGAGAUUAUGUUCACUGCCUUGUGGGAGUAUGUUGUAAAUAUCAAUUGGAAAUUCCCAGGCAACACCAGUGUAUGGUGCUUCUUCAUCUACGGAUCUUUCGGCAUGAUCAUGGAGCAAAUGUACUUCCAGAUGAAGGGGAAUGUGCCGUUCCUGGUACGAGGCCUAGUGUACACACUUGGUACAUAUAUCUGGGAGUUCAGUAUUGGGUACAUACUGUCCAGGUUUGGGGCUUGUCCAUGGGACUACACCUUGUUCCAGUGGGAUGUUAUGGGCCUGGUCACCUUGGAAUAUGCACCUUUGUGGUAUAUUGGCAAUCUGUUUUCAGAAUACUUUUUACUUCGGUAUACCAGCAUGCUGUAUUGGGGAGUCUCCACCAGUAGUACAGUUAGUGUUAGCCACAACAGAAAGACUUCUUGA